AUGCACAUACCGGACGUCACCGUUAGUUCAGCCACCAUAUCAAAAAUUCACAUCAAUCGAGUGGAGAAGCCGACAAUUCAUGCGAAGUUCUUACGAGACAAAGGUGUUCGUGCAAACGUCAGCCUUCCGUUCCUAAGAACAAGUGCCGAUUGCAGCGUCGAUUCAUUUUUCACACUUGAUGGCAGUUUUGUCGUCGAACUUCAUAACUUCACUAUCGACCUCGAACUGAAUAUCAGUCGGAAUGAAACAUCGGGAAGGAAUAUUAUUGAGGUUCCUCAUUGUGAAGCCACUCACUCGGAUGUUGUUAUUCUUCUCGAAGAAGACUCGCUACUAACAAUCAUUCCAGGGAAUGCUUCAGAGCACAGUGAGCAUCUAUUGAAUUUUCUUCCUCGAUUUUUAUCUCAGACUGUCUAA